CGCGGUCAAUGGAAAAUAGUGAUGAAUUAAAAUCCUCGAAUCGACGUACGAACCGGAUUAAGUACGAAUGCAAAACGUGCUGCAAGACCGUCUUUACUAAAUCUCACAAACAAUUUCACGAUGAAGUACAUCGUACAACCCGCUACUCAUGCAACAGUUGCAGCAAAACCUAUGUGCAUAAGCGUGAUUUGGAGCUGCACCACAAGCUGCACAAUGCACCGGCCAGUUUCCAUUGCACCAGAUGUACGGCCGUCUUCGAAUGUGCGGCACAUUUACAGUCGCAUAAAGAAUCGAAACACCUACCGAAGGAGAAGUUCGCUUGCAAAUUGUGUCCCCUGACGUUUACGCUGAAGGGCAACCUCACAAAACAUCUGAUAGUGCACGAAGGCAAUCGUUCUCAUUCAUGCGACGAGUGUGGCAAAACGUUUCUGCGUACAAAUGCUCUAAAGCACCAUAAGUUAAGUCAUCGGGUGAAACGUUACCAGUGUCAGGCUUGUGGCAAAGAAUUCAUCGAUGCUCGCAACCUCGAACGGCACCUGAAAACCCAUUCAAGGUUGAAAGGUUUCAAGUGUUCUAUAUGCGGUGUGACGAGUGCGCGGAGGGAUAACAUUGUAAGGCACGCGAAAAGCUUCCAUCCCGAAGCUGAUCUGAAGGUGAUCGUUCUAGCAAGCGGCAACAUCAAUAAUGGUGAGAUCGAAGCAAUUAAAAAAGAAGCUCAAAAAAGCACAAAACCGGUACAACCUACCCCAACGAACCGGAUCAGUGUGAUACAAGUGAUAGGAACGCCAAAGACACCGAUUUUGUCAAUGCAAGCGAAUGGCGAUUGGACGUCUACGAACAACGUUUCGCCGGGUCGCGAAUCGAACCAAAUCGGUGCUCCAUCUUCUGUGAGGCAGGAUCCACCGAAAGCUUCCUUUAAUUCCCGUCUCGACAAUCUAGAAUUGUAUCGAAAAAUCUUAAAGCCUGCCACUUCACAAAACAGUACUAACUGCAACACCACUGCCAACAGUCGAAUAACGGAAGUAGGCCAACCUAACCUCCAACCUGAUGAUAGUGACACAUAUAAAAACGAUCGCCUACCAUCGGUUGAACUCGGCAACUGUGAUAUCCCAGCCGAAAAAAUCUGUAACGGCGGUGGAGCUGCUGGUGGUGGUAGUGGUGGUAGCGGCACUACAAAUAACGGCAGCAGCAGCGGUCUAGGAUCUAUUAAUAAUUUCUGUGAAGUUCACUGGCGUAAGCGUACCUCACAGUACUUUAUUACUAGCAGCAAAGCGCAAGCAGAUUGA